AUGGCUUGCUUGAAACUUGGUUCCAAAUCCGAAGUCUUUCAUCUAAGUGGUCACACAUGGAUUUGCUCAACUGGUCUUAAACCCGAUGUGGUGAUCCAAGUACAAGACCAAACCUUCCACCUCCACAAGUUUCCGUUGCUGUCGAGAAGCGGAUACCUAGAAGCUCUCUUCAGCAAAGCCUCCGAGACGAUGUCGUCCCACGCUCAGCUCCAUGACAUCCCCGGCGGACCAGACACGUUCCUCCUCGUGGCCAACUUCUGCUACGGCGUGAGAAUCGAGGUCACGGCCGAAAACGUCGUCAGCCUCAGAUGCGCAGCAGAGUAUCUACAGAUGAGCGAGAACUACGGGAACGCGAACCUCGUCUACCUCACCGAGAGUUUCCUCACCGACGACGUGUUGACUAACUGGGAAGAUUCCAUCAGAGCCUUGGAGAGCUGCUGCGAGAGAAAGCUCCUCCUACUACCUAUCGCCGAAGAGCUCGGCAUUGUGUCUAGGUGCGUUUAUUCUUUAGCCGUCAAGGCUUCUUAUGCUGCGGAGGAGGAGACGAGUUUGUUCAACUGGCCGAUCUCGGAAGUGACUGUCUGGAACGAUAUACGACAACAAACUAAGUCCAUGAGCGGUAGUAGUAACUGGUGGUUCAAUGAUGUCUCAUCGUUCCUCGACUUUUCGAUUUACAAAAAGUUUAUUCAAACCGUUGCAUCGAGAGGCGUCAAAUCUGAGGUGAUAGCAGCGUCUGUUACGCACUACGCGAAACGGAACCUUCCUUUACUUGGUUGUUCUAUGCACGUUGGUUCUUCGUCGUCUCCAGAGGAAGGUAGUAUUAGUAGUAGUAGCUACGUUGAUGACGUAUACUACUCUCAUGACGAUCAGCGAAGUCUGCUCGAAGAGAUCAUGGAGCUGCUCCCUAGCGAAGAUCGCGUCGCUUCGACGAGGUUCUUGCUCAGGCUUCUCAGGACAUCGAUGGUUCUGCACGCGAGUGCGGUCACUCGAGAUAAUCUCGAGAGGAAGAUCGGUGUGCAGCUAGAUGAAGCUGCUCUCGAGGAUUUGUUGAUACCGAACGUGGGAUACUUGAGAUACUCGCUUCGUGGUGGUGAGUUUCGUACGUUCUUUAUCAACAUGCUGAGAUGGGGAUUCAAACCAUAA